AUAUUGUACCUGGACUUACUGAAACAUACUUUAAGGAGGAAGCAUUUAUUUUGAAGAUAUUGUUGUUUAUUGUUCUGCUUUUACAUUGAACGUUGCGUGUUUUACAUAACCAUUUAACUGUCAGUUAUAACUUAACUUUACUUAAGUUUACUUACGUUAAGUUUACUUACUUACUUAGACUUACUGAAACACACUUUAAUGGGAAAGCAUUUAUUUUUAUAUUGGUGUUUAUUGUUCGACCUUUACAUUGAACGUUGAUACGGCCUGGGGUCACAAAUUGAUUUGAACGUGUGCUACCUUAGGGAUUAGAUCCAUAUUUUUGUAACAUCAUGGGGGAACGUCCGAUAUGUUUCAACCUUUUAUUAAAAGAUGAAUUGACAUACGAGGCCACAGUCCGAGGUGUCAAACCUGAGGCCACUGCGGACCAAUUAAGAUUACAAUUAACAGAAUUAGCUACGCGGGUGCCUUCGGACGAGGUUAUUUACUUUGAGGGAGAUGUUACCUCAGAGUUAGAAAAAGUUAAAAACAAAAUUAAAGACUUGCAGAGCUCACUUUCAAAACCAAAUUUGCAGUUAAAACACAUCAAGCGUUGCGAAUCAUUGGCUAACCAUUUAUAUCACCGCUUAGGUCGUAUAAAUGCCGUCAGUAAGGAGGAGACUUGUAUGCUCGGGGACUUGCUCUUACAACUCGAAUCUAGGGACAGCGAACUGAGGUACAUUUCUAAAGCUUAUCAGGAGCAGGAAAAGAAACAGGAUAUCCCUGUCGUAGGGUGUAUAGAGCCAUGUCCUAAGGUGGACCACACACAGAUCCAAAAACUGAACCUUGUCUUUAACGGCAGUGAUAGUGUACAGGCAUUCGUGCAGCGACUGGAGGAGCUUUGCAAUUCUCGAGGUAUCUCUGAGGAGACGUUAUUUAAUUCCGUCGCAGAAAUUUUUAGCGGUGACGCCUUGUUUUGGUUUCGGGGUGUCAAGGAGGAGGUCUCGAGUUGGAAAGAGGUUAAGGCUCGUUUGUAUGAGGAGUUCCUGCCAUUCGAUUAUAAUCGGCGUUUAUUACAGGAGGUGCGGUCGCGGACACAAGGUGCUGAUGAAUCCAUCAUAAAGUACUUAAGCACAAUGCGGAAUUAUUUUUCUAGGCUCAGCGUGCCGUUACCGGAGUCAGAGCAGCUGGAGAUAGUACAAGGUAACCUUAGACCGUUUUACACGAGUCAGCUUGCUCUUACAAACGUCGGGAACUGGAACGAGCUGAAGGAACGCUGUAGGCAGCUGGAGUACGCCAAAUACCGAGCAGACUCUUUUGCGGAGCCGCCCCGAGUUUCUGCGAAUUCGGUAGCGCCGGACUUAGCCUAUCAGGCUAGGAACCGACUUUCGGUUAACGCCGUGGACACCGAGGUGGACUUAUUUUGCGUUCGUUGCAGGGUUCUUGGACAUGGCCUUUGGCAAUGUAGUGCACCACCCACCCAAUUGUGUUACUCUUGUGGUUUAAAGGGUGCCACCUUGCACACGUGCCCACGGUGUGGUCCGUCAGUCGCUGAGCCACCGAAACUACAACAAAAGCCAGAUCCUGCUGGACCAACCGUUGCUGGGGUAAGCGUGAACAACGAGCAGCCUGGAACCAAAUCCUCCGGCAGUGGUAGUCGUCGUCGUCGCCGUCGCCGCCACCGCCGUCGCCGCCGCUGUGAAGAGGCAGGUGAUGGAGACGCGGACAGUGGCUUGCGACCUUAUUUAGAUGUCGCGAUUUACCACCAUCGUUGCAGAGGGUUGUUGGAUUCGGGUUCUACAGUUUCGGUCAUUGGCGGAAAGGCGGCCCAAUCCCUCUCCAGUUGUGGUACGUUGUAUCCAGCUGAGGAGAAAUCCAUUAUCACGGCUAAUGGAUCACAUUCUCCGGUUUCGGGUUUUAAGAUUUUACCGGUGACUGUAGAGGAUGUUACGGCUUUCGUGAAAUUUUAUGUCGUUCCUGAUAUUUCUUCAGAAUUGCUGCUAGGUAUAGAUUUCUGGCGUGCUUUUAAUAUCGCACCUGAUGUUCUGAACCUACUCAAUAAAAGAGGAGUCUCUAAAAGCAGGGAACCGUAUGCAAGUGAGGUUAGACAUUUGAACUCAUGCAACGAGUUGAGUGCUUCGAAGUGUGUACCGGCUGAUAACGCUACUGCCAGUUUGGUAGUUCGUGGUCGUCGCUCACAGGAUUGCCAACUCAGUAGGGUUCGUCGAAGCAUGGAUUCAAAGUCGUACUUGACUGCUAGUUUGACUCCGAAUUACGAGAGGUAUACAGUAGUUCAACAAGUGUCUGGAUUUGUCUACAUUCUUGAAGAUAGCAAUGGGAACCAGACAGAGUGUCACGCCAGGGAUAUUCUCUGUAGAAUUGAUGUUCCGUAGGCCACCUUUGUGUGUGUUGACUUACUCUAUUGAGUAAGCCAGCAAUGCCAAGGGCUCAUUUACUAUGCGUCGUUGUGUUGCAAAGUCAGUGAAUAGUUUCGUAGGCCACCUUUGUGUGUGUUGACUUACUCUAUUGAGUAGGCCAACAAUGCUAAGGACUCAUUCACUUUGCGUCGUGGAGUUUUUUUUGUGGGAUUUUCCAUUUAAUUUAUUUCAGGGUUUAUCUCAUUGCUUAGGGACUCUACUGAGUCGGUGAGUGAUCUUAACCUUAUUGAUAUUCACUGGGUUUUCCAGCUAUUAUCUUUGAUUUAGGUUUCUCUUAAAUGAGUGACCCACAUAUUCCGAUUGUUUUAGGUGUUUAGGAUUUAGAGAUGGAGGGCCAUCUUUGAAUUUUUCUCGUACCCUCGAAAAAUUCUGGUGGGGACGGGGGUACUGUAACACCAUUAUUUUUGUAACUUAACAUUUCGUUAUUGUUUACAUUCUGUUUGUUUACUUUGUUAGUCUUGUCAAGUAUCAGCUGUCAAAUUCGACACACAGGAUAGAUUUUCAGUUGUUGUCUGUGGUCCUUUGAGAAAACUCGUGCUAGAUCGUCAUCGGACAGUGGUCAGUGGCGACAUGACGCUCAGAACAAUGAUCGUGCUGACUGGCCACAGAGUAGUUUUGUGACGAUGAGCUGACAUCCCCGGUGACGGCUUUUUUCGGAACUGGCAAGGAGGCAAACCAUUCUCUGUCAGAACGUCCCGAGCAAAUGUGUGGUUAGAUUUUUCUUCCCGCCCGCGUGGCGCAGGCCGUAUUGGUACCAAGUUCCUUGCUUCAUAUUUCCUGUUACCAGAUACGUACCACAGACACCCACGCAGCAUCACACCAUGUGUACCUAACCUGAAUUGCCGAGUGAGUAAACUAGCAUUUCGUUGUUAUUCGAUUUCCGAUGACUUUGGAUUUCGAAAGCCAUCUGCCUUGUCUUUAUUUCUACACGUAGCAACGUCUAACCCCGCGUAUUUCUUUUACAGCAAUUUCAAUCCUGCCCGGUGAAGCGUGCGAUUGCCCGACGCGUGUCACCUGACCCAACCCCAAGGUAAGCGCCAUGACCUUCCACGUGUCGAUUAGGUUAUUUUGCAAGUGUCACGUUUAAACAGCAAAGCUACCGCCUUUGAGACAAGCUCUAACCUUCCCAUAAUUGUUUGAUUAGUGAUUGACCGUAGGUUUUAGGUUAGAAAUACCCAGGGGCCAUUCAAGACACGUCACUUGAGACAUGUUAGCUAGGCCUUCGCUGUCCUUACCGACCCAUCCUUGACCCAAGGCUGUUUCUCGCGAUUCCAGAAGGUGUCGUUGGUGACCAGAGCCGUCAGCGAGCCACGAGCCGUCCGGAGCUCCUGUCCUGGCCCCGUCCAGCCGUCCAGGUUGGCCGUUGUAUGUUUGUUGAGCGGAUACUGAGGAAUUUCCUUAGGAUUUCCAUUAAUCUUCAGCGGCAUCAGCCUUCUAACGCCGCUGCUGAAUGUAGGAUUGCAAAGGCAGAACCCGGGUGGACUCUAGCGGGUUAAAACCUUUAUUUUAUUAUUUUUUCUUCAUAGGGAGCCCCGAUAGAACGGGCAGUGGUAUCUAAAUUGCACUUUGAACCUUUUGUAGGCGCUAGGCUAUCAACGUCCUUCGGUUACGGGGCCUUAACGUUAAACUGCUAUCCCAUUGAAGUAAUAUAGAAGUUUCUCUGUGGUUAAUACCAUCCUUCUACCCCUGUGGCGUGAAACGCAGCGGUGGAACCUUGGUUUCUCCACUCUUAUAUAAUUUCCUUGCAAUACCUUGUGUACUUCAACCAGACAAUUAUAAGGACUUAAUCCCUGGUCUCAUUUAAGUAGUAUAAGAGUUUCUCUGUGGUUAAUACCAUCCUUCUACCCCUGUGGCGUGAAACGCAGUGGUGGAACUUUGGUUUCUCCACUCUUAUAUAAUUUCUAUAUAAUAAAUAUUAAUAAUUGUACAACA